CCAUGCCAGAGGGAGACUUUAGUCUCUUGAGUGUUUAAGUCUCUCAACAAUAGCUAAUGCCCUGUAGUGAGAUGUAAUCUCUGUGUUGUUACGGCAAUCACUAUCAGAUUGAUAUUCAUCAUAAAUUGGGGGUUAACAGACACAGAACGUAGUGUUUGGAGAACUUGGAUCAUUUUCUGAACGAAGUAGUCCUUUAAAGGGUUAAUUCAUCUUUAGUUGUAUCACUGUUGCCAGCACUGGUGGUGAGCCUAUGCACUCAUCACUGUGAGCGACUCCCUCAUCCCGGCACACCGGCGCUGUCAGGCUCCACGGCAAAAAUGAGAGUUGUCGACAUCCUCGUCCUCGGGUCAAUGCUGCUUCUGUUGCCUCCAGACAGUCAAGGCUGCUCGUUCCUCACCCAGGGGGGAUGUACAUGCAGAUCGGAGGCCUCCGUCAUCAAAAUCCUGUGUCAUUCAUUUGACACCUCGAAACCGAUCAUCACAUCCAACACCACCAAAGUCAAUCUGCAGUUUCUGGACUUAUCCUACAACAACCUCACUGAGUUGCCAGACAAUCUCUUGGACUCUAUUCUCAGUGUUGAUGAAGUGGAUCUUCAGCAUAACCAGUUUGAACUAUUUCCAGCCUUCCUCACCACCAAGAACAUCACAGUCCUGACCCUGUCCCACAACCUGCUCACCACCCUGGACUCCCACGCUCUCAAUGAGAAGUCCACGGUCCGAACACUGGACAUGUCCAACAACCGCAUCAGCAGCUUCCACGUGUCCGAGAACCACACCCUCCAGCUGGACAUGCUGAGACUGGACCACAACCGAAUCACCCACGUGCCAGACACAAUAUGGAAGGCAGCAGGCAGUCUCAACCUGUCCUAUAACAAUAUUUCCAGCUUGCCUAAGAUCAUUGGCUCCCACAUCAAAUAUCUGAUCCUUGAAGGAAACCAACUGCAGGAGAUUGGUCCGGACACAUUCAGUGAGCUUCAGUACCUGGACGAACUGUACUUGGGCAACAACCAGCUGGUAAAACUCACUGCCAAUAGUUUCUAUGGUGCUUGGGCAUUGACAGAAAUCAGUCUUGAGGAGAAUGAACUUAAAACCAUUGAAGGAGGGAUCUUUAAGAAGCUUCAAAACUUGCUAAAUCUCAACCUGGCCAAAAACAAAAUUGAAGCAAUUCCAAAAGGAACUUUUGAUGGUCUUGAGGAGAGCAUUCACAGAUUGUCACUCGGGCAGAACAGGAUAUCACACAUAUCACCAACUGCAUUUGCAAGUUUACAAAAUCUGCGCUUUCUGGACCUGUCUGAUAAUCCAUCACUUGGCGACAUCACCCAGACUCAGUAUCCCCCUCACAUCAUCUCCCUGGAUCUGAGCAACUGCAGCCUGCAGACUCUUCCCGACUGCAAGUUUGCACUGUACAUGGACCUUCAGUUCCUGGGACUCGCCCACAACAACCUGACCUGCGGCUGCCACCUCUCCUGGCUCUACAGCCGGCAGACCGGAACCCGCAAAUACACUGCAGCCAACUACACACUACCAAACUGGAGAUGCUUUGAUUCCAGGCGUCAGCUUCAGCAAGUGUCGGCGGUCACGGCGUGCGGCAACAUGACGAAGCACUUGCAGCACUGCCACCUGAAACCAACCAGUCUCAUCAAUCCAGACACCAUCAGCCUGAGUAUUUCAGUCCAGGCUCAAGAUGACAGCAUCACCGUCACCUGGAGAUUGAAAUCCAAGGUUGAAAUCCACGGACUCCUUGUGACAUACUUGACCAAAGAUGCUACAAAAUUUGAAUCACCCAUGCUGCACCCCAACAGCAGCAACUAUGUGAUGAGAGACAUGAAGGUCAUGGGCUCCUAUACUGUCUGUGUCCACGUCCUACUGAAUGCUACUUUUACCAUCAAGAAGGCGUGUGAGACGGAAGACUCCAACUUGGUGCAGAUGCUGGUUGGAAUCCUGGCCGGGUCUGUGUUCCUGAUUCCAUGUGUUGCAGCCAUGGCUUACAUCCUGUACAAAGACCACCACAUGAUGAAAGCUUAUGAACAUCUCGAGGGACUGGAAGAUAUUGUCAUCACUGAAGGUCACACUGAGGUCAAACACAUGUCCAAGAAAGCUGCCGACAAGGUUCUAGAUGAAGGUCCAACUCAUCGUUCAGAAAUGGCUGGACAUUCCACCCAAUCAGGGAAAAAAGGUGAUGUUGAAACUGUCAUUGCUUUGCAGACUCCAUUACCUUCCAAAAGUAAUACUUCAUUUGUGGCAGACUGUGGCAGCACACACAGUCCAUGUGAGAAGUGUAGAGAAUGUGACAGCAGUCAGGAACCGGAGACAUUCAAUACAAAGCUGUAACGCUGAAGAGGCUUACUGGGGAAUCCUGCCUUGCGUUGUAUCAUCAACACCUUGUACAAUCAGUACCACGUACAACUAGUACAGUUUAACAAGUGCCUUGUAUGAUAAGUACCCUGUACCAUCGGUACCACGUACCACUAGUACAGUUUAACCAGUGUCUUGUAUGAUAAGUACCCUGUACCAUCAGUACUAUGUACAACUAGUACAGUUUAACCAGUGCCUUGUAUGAUAAGUACCCUGUACCAUCAGUACCAUGUACAACUAAUAUAGUUUAACCAGUGCCUUGUAUGAUAAGUACCCUGUACCAUCAGUACCACGUACAACUAGUACAGUUUAACAAGUGCCUUGUAUGAUAAGUACCCUGUACCAUCAGUACUAUGUACAACUAGUACAGUUUAACCAGUGCCUUGUAUGAUAAGUACCCUGUACCACCAGUACCACAUACAACUAGUACAGUUUAACCAGUGCCUUGUAUGAUAAGUACCCUGUACCAUCGGUACCACGUACCACUAGUACAGUUUAACCAGUGCCUUGCAUGAUAAGUACCCUGUACCAUCAGUACCACAUACAACUAGUACAGUUUAACCAGUGCAUUGUAUGAUAAGUACCAUGUACCAUCAGUACCACGUACAACUAGUACAGUUUAACCAGUGCCUUGUAUGAUAAGUACCCUGUACCAUCAGUACCACAUACAACUAGUACAGUUUAACCAGUGCCUUGUAUGAUAAGUACCCUGUACCAACGGUACCACGUACAACUAAUACAGUUUAACCAGUGUCUUGUAUGAUAAGUACCCUGUACCAUCAGUACUAUGUACAACUAGUACAGUUUAACCAGUGCCUUGUAUGAUAAGUACCCUGUACCAUCAGUACCAUGUACAACUAGUACAGUUUAACCAGUGCCUUGUAUGAUAAGUACCCUGUACCAUCAGUACCAUGUACCACUAGUACAGUUUAACCUGUGCCUUGUAGGUUAAGUACCCUGUACCAUCAGUACCAUGUACAACUAGUACAGUUUAACCAAUGCCUUGUAUGAGAAGUACCCUGUACCAUCAGUACCAUGUACAACUAGUACAGUUUAACCAGUGCCUUGUAUGAUAAGUACCCUGUACCAUCAGUACCACGUACAACUAGUACAUUGUACAGAAUAUAUAUCGCAGGUGGAGGAUUAACAGCAGAGGAUUAACAAUAACACUUGCAUACAUGAGUGGGAUAACAUGAGUAAGUGUUGACAACAGAAGGAUAAUACUGAGUGGGAUAACAUGAGUAAGUGUUGACAACAGAAGGAUAAUACUGAGUGGGAUAACAUGAGUAAGUGUU